CGGCGCGCUCCCGGCGUGCCCCACUAGCCUGGCCAAGAUGGCGGACGUGCUGGAUCUUCAUGAGGCGGGCGGGGAGGAUUUCGCUAUGGACGAGGACGGGGACGAGAGCAUCCACAAACUGAAGGAAAAAGCCAAGAAGCGGAAGGGACGUGGCUUCGGCUCAGAGGAAGGAUCCCGGGCUCGGGUGCGCGAGGAUUACGACAGCGUCGAGCAGGAUGGGGAUGAGCCGGGGCCACAGAGAUCCGUGGAGGGCUGGAUCCUGUUUGUGACAGGGGUGCACGAGGAGGCCACAGAGGAAGAYGUGCAUGACCGAUUUGCCGAAUUCGGGGAGAUCAAGAACAUCCAUCUGAACCUGGACCGGCGCACGGGAUACCUCAAGGGCUACACGCUGGUGGAGUACGAGACGUACAAGGAGGCGCAGGCAGCCAUGGAGGGGCUCAAUGGGCAGGAGCUCAUGGGGCAGCCGGUCAGCGUUGACUGGUGCUUCGUCAGGGGUCCCCCCAAGGGCAAGCGGAGGGGUGGGCGCAGGCGAAGCCGCAGUCCAGACCGGCGUCGCCGAUGAUGGAUCCAGCUUCUACCCAUUUGUGUUCCAAGUCCAAGCUGGGGGAAACUGAGAAAACUCUAGGGUUUGUACACUUCCUUGAGGAGCCAACGUGGCUCCAUACCUGGGGAAAUCGGCAUUUCACGUAAUUUUAUUGUUUUCAAAGGACAAAUAUGAGGGAAGCAGCAGCCUCUAAGGGUUGGGGGGGUUCCCUCAGGUUUGGGGGGAUCGCUCCCAGCUGCCCCAUCCCAGGAGUUUUUUCCAUGCCCACAGGAAAGGGUCCCUAACUUUCCCAUGGUUAUUCAUCCCGCUGGGAAUUCCUUGUUUUCUGUUAAAUAACAACAUUUUGUCUAAA